GCCGCGCCGGAUGGCUCCCGUGCUGCAGUCAAGCAGCGGAGUGGUGGAGAAGCCUCGCCCCUGUCGCGAGGCACAGGUCCCAAGUGCACGGCCACUGCCUGCGACAGCCGUGAGCACGACGGAGUCCAUGGAGGGGAUCUCGCUCCCCCUUCCCACUGAGGAGACCAACAACAGGGCCCGACAGUUCUCUUCCUUUUCUUUAUUCCCCGCGCUUUGUGAUGCACGAACAAAAGCGGCGAAGCGCACGCAUUCAAAGGGAGCGGAGAGAUAAAGAGCAGUUCUUUUGCUCUGCUACCAAGCGUAUCUCUUUUCUCUGGUAGCUGAAGUAGUUCGACUUGCCUUGAAUGCUUUUCGCUUUUCUUCCGUGUAAUUUCCUGCGAAGGUCGCCGCCUCCCUCCCUCCCAGCGUUUCUUGCAAGCUGCUGAGCUAUUAACUCUGCAGGCUGUGAGCUCUGGAAACUGAAGAGAAGCGCAGCAGCCAUCUCUGCAACUGACCAUGCCGCCGCACACACAGGCGACCUUCCUUUUUCUUCUUCUACUCUUCUUCUUCUCUGCCACAGCUAAAGGUGGGCACUUUGCGAGGUUGGGCAUCAACUAUGGCACCCUCGGCGACGAUCUCCCCUCCGCCGCUCGCUCUGUGCACCUCCUCCACUCUAUUGGCGCCGGCGCAGUCAAGAUCUAUGACGCCAACCCGGCCAUCCUCCGCGCACUCGCUGGCACCCGCUUCCGCGUCUCCAUCAUGGUGCCCAACGAAAUCAUCCCCUCCCUGGGCGUCAACGCCUCCGCCGCCGACGCCUGGGUCGGCACCAACCUCGGCCCCUUCUACCCCGCCGUCCGCGUCCGCUACCUCCUCGUCGGCAACGAGAUUCUCUCCUACACCUCCCUCGCCAACUCCACCUGGCCCUUCCUCGUCCCCGCCAUGGUCAACAUCCACCGCGCCCUCAGCGCCCGCUCCAUCCGCGACGUCAAGGUCGGCACGACCCUUGCCAUGGACGCCCUCGUGACCUCCUUCCCGCCCUCCGCAGGCGCCUUCCGCUCUGACAUCGCUGAGCCGGUGAUGCGCCCUCUACUCCGUUUCCUCCACAAGACCCGCUCCUACUACUUCGUGGACGCCUACCCUUACUUCGCCUGGGCCUCGAAUCCCUCCUCCAUCCGCCUCGACUACGCCCUCUUUACCUCCAAUGCGAGCUUCAACUACUUCGACCCAGGGAGCAAGUUGACCUACACCAAUCUGUUCGACCAGAUGCUCGACGCGGUGGCGGCGGCGAUGGGCCGGCUAGGGUCCGGCGACGUCCGGAUCGCGGUGGCGGAGACGGGUUGGCCGAACGCCGGCGACCUGGACCAGAUCGGGGCCAACGUACACAACGCGGCCAUCUACAACCGGAACCUCGCGCGGCGGCUGGCGGCGCGUCCGGCCGUAGGAACGCCAGCGCGGCCAGGGGCGGUGAUGCCGGUGUUCGUUUUCUCUCUCUACAACGAGAAUCAGAAGCCUGGGCCGGGGACGGAGCGCCACUGGGGGCUGCUGUACCCCAACGGGAGCAAGGUGUACGAGGUGGACCUCAGCGGGCGGCGGCCGCUGGACUCGUACCCGCCGCUGCCGCCCCCGGAUAACAACGAGCCGUACAAGGGGAAGAUCUGGUGCGUGUUCGGCGGCGACCGGAAGCCGGCGGCGAACGCGACGACGGUAGGGGCGGCGCUGGCGUACGCGUGCGGGCAGGGGAACGGCACGUGCGACGCGAUCCGCCCAGGGGGGCCAUGCUACAAGCCGAACACGCUCGUGGCGCACGCGAGCUACGCGUUCAACUCCUACUGGCAGCAGUUUCGGCAGGCGGGCGGGACGUGCUUCUUCGACGGGCUCGCCGUGCAGACCAAAACCGACCCAAGUUACGGAACUUGCAAAUACGCGAGUUUGACAAACUGAGGAGUAUUAACACUAUCAGCAGCAUGUCAAAAUCAAUAUGUGAUUUGCGGAAUCCAUUUGUUGAAACUCUUAUUUAUUUCCAGCAUUAUGAGUUAUUUUGAGAUUAAUUUGCAGUGGUAUCUGAAUUUCGAGGGUUACCUCUCUGUAUCGUUCCAACUUACAUAAAUUUUACUGUGUUUUUCUGUUCA